AUGAAGAUUGUUAUCUGUUUGAUAUUAGUGGCAAUCACCAUUGCUUCUGCUUUGGAUAAUGGUGUAGCCCGUACUCCACCAAUGGGCUGGAACACUUGGAACCAUUAUGGUUGCAACACAUCUGCCAUCAACGCCGACUUGCUCAUCAAUACCGCCAUGGCUAUGGUCACCAGUGGAAUGGCCAAGGCCGGUUACCAGUACAUCAGUUUGGACGACUGCUGGUUGGCCACGGAGCGUGACGCCCAGGGCCGUCUCCAGCCAGACCCAGUGCGUUUCCCACAAGGUAUUGCCCCAAUCGCUGACUACAUCCACUCGCUGGGCCUCAAGAUGGGCAUCUACGAGGACGUUGGCAACAUGACCUGCGCCGGUUACCCAGGCAGUGAGAACAACCUCGAGCUCGACGCCAAGACCUUUGCCGAGUGGGGUAUCGACUACGUCAAGAUGGACGGCUGCAACUUCCCAGUCGACGACAUGAAGCAGACCUACACCGAGCUGAGCCAAGCCCUCAACGCCACCGGUCGCGAGAUGGUCUACAGCUGCAGCUGGCCCGCCUACGCCCAGAAUGAGGACGUCAACUUCACCUACGUCGCCAGCAUCUGCAACCUCUGGAGAGAGUUCGACGACAUUAGAGACGAUUGGGAUGCUUGGACCAGCAUCCUCGACCAGAUGGAGGCCACCAACCGUGCUCCAUUCGCCGGACCAGGUCACUGGAACGAUCCAGACAUGCUCGAGAUUGGCAACGGUGGUCAGACCUACACUGAGUACCAGUCCUUCUUCUCCCUCUGGUCCAUCAUUGCCGCUCCAUUGAUUGCCGGUAACGAUCUUACCAGCAUGACUCAAGAGACCAUUGAGAUCUUGACCAACAUUGAGGUUAUUGCCGUCGACCAAGAUCCACUUGGAAUUCAGGGCACCAGAGUGUACCAAUCGGGAACCAACGAGAUCUGGUUGAGACAACUCGUCAAUGAUGAGCUUGCCGUCGUUCUCUUCAACAGAGGUUCAGCCACCUCCACCAUCACCCUGACCUCCUCAAUCAUCAACGUCCCAUCCAACCAGAAAUACCUUGCCCGUGACCUGUGGCGCCAUGGAUCCGUUGGUUUCUUCGAGAACAGUCUCGCAUUCCCAGUUGAGAGCCACGGAGUUGUCAUGCUCAAGCUCACCAAGGCUUAA